AUGGCGCCCAAAGAGCCAACCCGCGCCCAACUUUCCUCAAAACUAUCAUACCAACAACACACUCCCUCUUUCUUGCUCAAACUACAAAACCGAGUUGCAGGAAUUCCAGACGAGGAUGAGGAAGAAGACCAAGAUCCCGAAUUCGAAUAUGUUGACUCUGGGCGCCCACCCAUUCCAAAACGUCCUGCCAUCCCCGAACGACCUGCAGAAGAUCCAGGAAGCGCUGAUGAAGAUGAUGGGGACGAGAAACCGCAAGUUGUCGUUCUCAGAAAAGGGAAGCACCUGACGGAACGUGAGGCGGAGAACGUUAGACGAAGUGAGAAAGGAUUACCGCCAUUACCCGAUCCACAAGAUGUCGUUGCCAAGCUGCAGCCUCCUGGAGGCCCAUCCAAGGAUUCCGCAACGGCGAAGCCCCAGCAACAGGGUCUAUCAUUCUCAUCAUCGUCCAAGACCAAGACAUCAACUGGUAAGCGGAAAGCUAUCGGACAGCCUGAAGAAGAAGAAAAAGGCAACAGCAACAAGGACAAGAAAGGCUCUGUCAAGAAGAAAGCGAAAAAACCAAGCAAAACGCUUCUGUCGUUUGGUGAUGAUGCUUGA